AUGUUCAUACAUCAGCCCUUCUACAGCAGCGGCAGCGGCAGCAGGAAGACAUGGCUGACUGGAUCUGACUACAACACUCCCUUCGAGCAGAAAUCACAGCCCUCACAAAGGACCGUGGGUGGCAUCACCAGCAGAACCGAUCUCCAGGCCACUCUCCGGCCUUCACGAACCCACAGGUAUGCCUUGUGGGUCUCGGAAGCUCCAAUGGCUUUCCUGUCCAGGUUCUCCAGGAAUGGCACCAGGUCACCAAGCCGAGGCUCACGGGACGAGCGCAACAACCACCCCAUCCUCAGCGUCUUUGAGCUUGAAAGGUUGCUGUACACGGGAAAGACAGCUUGUAAUCAUGCUGAUGAGGUCUGGCCAGGACUCUACCUGGGCGAUCAAGAUAUAGCAGCCAACCGGCGGGAGCUGGCUCACCUGCACAUCACCCACAUCCUCAACGCCUCGCACAGCAAGUGGAGGGGGGGUGCCGAGUACUACGAGGGCACGGGCAUCCGCUACCUGGGCAUCGAAGCCCAUGACUCACCUUCCUUUGACAUGAGCCCCUACUUUUAUCCUGCAGCUGACUUCAUCCACCAAGCGCUGAAUGAAGGAAGGAUCCUUGUGCACUGUGCUGUCGGGGUGAGCAGGUCAGCCACCUUGGUCCUCGCCUACCUCAUGAUCCGCCACCACAUGCCCCUUGUAGAAGCCAUAAAGACGGUCAAGGACCACCGUGGUAUCAUCCCCAACCGGGGUUUCUUGCGCCAGCUGGUCGCCCUGGACAAUGCCCUGAGGCUGAAGAGGAGUGCGUGAAGGAGGACGAGAGGGGUUGUGCGGUGGGAGCGUUGGGUGUGUGGUGCUCACCUGAGCCUGAUGCCCGCUGAGUGGCAGAGAAAGGGCUUUCCUUGUGGUGCAAACGCUUGGCAGAUGAUGGGUUACAUGCAACUGGCCCCUGGGCUUCCCCCACAGCUAAGGGGGUCCCCAGACACGCGAGCUAUUCCUAGUGGUAAACUGUAGGCCCUCAACCUGCAAUCUUAUCACCUAGGUAGGCCUAACAUAUAGCCUCCUUCCCAACCUGCUCACUCCAAGAUGCCUCCGGAGGGACUCAGCCCCACGUUUCAGGUUGCUCUAUCCCUGUUGUCUCCAGGAAGCCUUCAAGGCUUUGUUCUCUUGGCAGAUGCAUUUGCCAAGCCAGCCCCAUCCCUCCC